AUGGCGACGGCGGCCGACGCCGCGGGCGUCGUCCUCGACCCGGACGCGUACGACGACGACGCGACCGACGGGACGCGCGACGACGAAUCGUCGAAUUUCGACGCGCAGUGGCGACGCGCGACGACGGAAAAGCGCGCGGACGUCGAGGCGUUCGAGGCGAUGGUGCGCGCGCGGCUGGGCGACGGACUCGCGGACGCGCGCUGGGAGCGCGCGCUGAUGAAGAUGCGGCGCGACGCGCGGUUUCGCGCGCUGAAGACGCACUCGGAGCGACGCGCGGCGUUCGACGCGCUGCGGCGACGCGCGGCGGAGGAGAAGAGGGAGGGGGAGAAGAGACGAAGGGCGGCGCGGGGGGAAGACGAGGCGGACGCGGACGCGCGGAGGGCGCGAGCGUUGAGGGCGAGGGAGUCGGAGGCGAGCGAACGACGGCGAAGGGAUGAACGCGAGGCGCGGUUUCGGAAGGAGCGAUUGUUGGACGACGAGGCGGAGGCGGCGUUUCAGGCGUUGUGCGCCGAACGCGUGAAGACGUACGCGCGUUCGUACGACGAAGCGUUUCGACGGGACUUGGUGGGCGAUCCCAUGGGUCGGGACGACGUGUCGAGAUUGCGCGGAGGGGAGGCGCGCGCGAGGACGCUGUACGAGGCGCAUCGACUCGCCGUCGAGGCGUCGUUGAAGGCGGAAUUUGAAAAACUGGCGCGUAGAAUCAUAGAUAAGCUCGUCGUGAGAGAGUUGAGCGACGAAACCGCCGCGAACGAGGCUCGCGCUCGAAGACGCGCGAGCGCGCUGGACGUCAUCUUCGACGGCGCGCUCGCCUACGCGCGCGCCGCGGAGGACGAGUUCGAGCUCGUCGACGACGUCUUGUUCGCCUUCGUGAGCGACGGCGACAAAAAACAAAUAUGGACCGAGUGCGCGAUCGAUAUUUUAUCGCGCCACGGCGUAAAAAUCGGCGACGAUCGAGUCGAAGACGGCGAAGACGAAGACGAAGACGAAGACGAAGACGGCGCCGUCUCCGAGUAG